GCAGAGGAGGCAGCAGGCGCACCGAGAGAGCGGCCGCUGGGCUCCGCUCGGCUGAGGCCGGGACUCGCUCCCGACCCUUCGGUCCUCGCAGGUCCCUGACGCGCACCUGCCCGGUUUCCAUCGCCCCUCUAAGCCUGCCUUUUGGCUUCCCGCAGCUGUGGCCUAGGGGCCAUGUGGACGCUAAAGGGACCGCAGGUGGACAGAAGCAUCCUAUAGCUGACCAGGGCAAACAGGGACUGCAGGACCACUGCCUUCUGCACGAUGGAGACCCCGUAUUCCAUGACAGCCCACUACGACGAGUUCCAGGAGGUCAAGUACGUGAGCCGGUGCGCCACCGGGGGCUCCAGGGGGACCUCGCUGCCUCCUGGCUUCCCGAGGGGCGCAGGGCGCGGUGCCGGCGGGGCCGGAGCGGGGCUACCGCGCUGGAACCGGCGUGAGGUGUGCCUGCUGUCGGGGCUGGUGUUCGCCGCGGGUCUCUGUGCCAUCCUGGCCGCCAUGCUGGCGCUCAAGUACCUGGGCCCGGGCGGGGCGGGUGGCGGCGCCUGCCCCGAGGGCUGCCCUGAGCGCAAGGCUUUCGCGCGCGCCGCCCGCUUCCUGUCGGCCAACCUGGACGCCAGCAUCGACCCGUGCCAGGACUUCUACUCCUUUGCGUGCGGGGGCUGGCUGCGGCGCCACGCCAUCCCCGAUGACAAGCUCACCUACGGCACUAUCGCGGCCAUCGGCGAGCAGAACGAGGAGCGCCUGCGACGCCUGCUUGCGCGGCCCACCGGGGGCCCGGGCGGCGCGGCGCAGCGCAAGGUGCGCGCCUUCUUCCGCUCCUGCCUGGAUAUGCGUGAGAUCGAGCGGCUCGGGCCGCGGCCCAUGCUGGAGGUCAUCGAAGACUGCGGCGGCUGGGACCUGGGUGGUGCGGCCGAGCGUCCCGGGGCGGCUGCGCGCUGGGACCUCAACCGGCUGCUGUACAAGGCGCAGGGCGUGUACAGCGCGGCCGCGCUCUUCUCGCUCACUGUCAGCCUGGACGACAGGAAUUCCUCACGCUACGUCAUCCGCAUUGAUCAGGAUGGACUCACAUUGCCAGAGAGAACCUUGUACCUUGCUCAGGAUGAGGAGAGUGAGAAGGUCCUGGCUGCAUACAGGGUGUUCAUGGAGCGUCUACUCAGCCUGUUGGGGGCAGAGGCUGUGGAGCAGAAGGCCCAGGAGAUCCUGCAGUUGGAGCAGCGGUUGGCCAAUAUCUCCAUGUCAGAGUAUGAUGAUCUCCGAAGAGACGUCAGUUCCAUGUACAACAAAGUGACUCUGGGGCAGCUGCAGAAGAUCACCCCUCACCUGCGGUGGAAGUGGUUGCUGGACCAGAUCUUCCAGGAGGACUUCUCUGAGGAUGAGGAGGUGGUACUGCUGGCCACAGACUACAUGCAGCAGGUGUCCCAGCUCAUCCGCUCCACACCCCGUAGGAUCCUACACAACUACUUGGUGUGGCGUGUGGUGGUGGUUCUGAGCGAGCAUCUGUCCCCACCAUUCCGUGAGGCACUGCAUGAGCUGGCCCGAGAGAUGGAGGGCAAUGAUAAACCCCAGGAGUUGGCCCGAGUCUGCCUGGGCCAGGCCAAUCGCCACUUUGGCAUGGCUCUUGGCGCCCUCUUUGUACAUGAGCACUUCUCAGCUGCCAGCAAAGCCAAGGUGCAGCAGCUGGUGGAAGACAUCAAGUACAUCUUGGGCCAGCGCCUGGAGGAGCUGGACUGGAUGGACGCCCAGACCAAAGCAGCUGCUCAGGCCAAGCUCCAGUACAUGAUGGUCAUGGUUGGCUACCCAGACUUCCUGCUCAAACCUGAGGCUGUGGACAAGGAGUAUGAGUUUGAGGUCCAUGAGAAGACGUACUUCAAGAACAUCUUGAACAGCAUCCGCUUCAGCAUUCAGCUGUCUGUCAAGAAGAUUCGACAGGAGGUGGACAAGUCCACCUGGCUGCUCCCUCCACAGGCACUCAAUGCCUACUAUCUACCCAACAAGAACCAGAUGGUUUUCCCAGCUGGCAUCCUGCAGCCCACUCUGUAUGACCCCGACUUUCCACAGUCUCUGAACUACGGGGGCAUUGGCACCAUCAUCGGGCAUGAGCUGACCCACGGCUAUGAUGACUGGGGGGGCCAGUAUGACCGCUCAGGGAACCUGUUGCACUGGUGGACAGAGGCCUCCUACAGCCGCUUCCUGCGCAAGGCUGAGUGCAUUGUCCGUCUAUAUGACAACUUCACUGUCUACAACCAGCGGGUGAACGGGAAACACACGCUUGGCGAGAACAUCGCAGACAUGGGUGGCCUCAAGCUGGCCUACUAUGCCUAUCAGAAGUGGGUCCGGGAGCACGGCCCAGAGCACCCGCUACAUCGGCUCAAGUACACACAUAACCAGCUCUUCUUUAUUGCCUUUGCCCAGAACUGGUGCAUCAAGCGACGGUCGCAGUCCAUCUACCUGCAGGUGCUGACGGACAAGCAUGCACCGGAGCACUACCGGGUCCUGGGCAGCGUGUCCCAGUUUGAGGAGUUCGGCCGGGCCUUCCAUUGUCCCAAGGACUCACCCAUGAACCCUGUCCACAAAUGCUCUGUGUGGUGAGCCUGGCCAUCUGCCUGCCCGCUUGCACGCCCCCACUGCCCUGCACGGAUCACCUACACCAGCUGCCUGGGCAGCACGAACCUCAUGCUGCCCUGCUCCAAGCCUUCCUACUUUCCAGUCUUUCUGUGACCAUCCUCCUGUCCCCUGCAGUCCCUCACUUCAAGGGCCUGGAGCAGGGGUGGGCUGGCUUCUGGGGGUCCUGGAGGGGGAGACAUUAAGGUCCCCAGUCCUGGCUCUAGGGAGCUGGACCCCCAGCAGGCCAGAUGUUCAGGCCCCACUGAUGUGUUCUUGCUGAUAAGUCUGGUCAAUAAAGCUGCUGUACU